AUAUAUAUACAUAUACACACUCUGAUUCAAUCGGCGAUUAAGUGUUUGUUUGAUCCACCGGACCGGAGAUAAAAAGAAAUGACGGUUGCGAACAUGGAUAACGGCGCCGGCGCCGAGAAGCGUCCCAAGACGAAAAUUGUCUGCACUCUUGGGCCGGCUUCCCGCGCGGUGCCCAUGGUCGAGAAGCUUCUACGGGCCGGCAUGAACGUCGCCCGAUUCAAUUUCUCCCAUGGAUCUCACGAGUACCACCAGGAGACCCUCAACAAUCUCCGCCAGGCCAUGGAGAAUACCGGUAUUCUCUGCGCUGUCAUGCUCGACACCAAGGGUCCAGAAAUUCGUACUGGGUUUUUGAAAGAUGCCAAGCCCGUUCAACUGAAACAAGAUCAAGAGAUUACAAUCUCCACUGAUUACAGCAUCAAGGGUGAUGAGAAUAUGAUCUGCAUGAGCUACAAAAAGUUGGCCGAGGAUGUUAAGCCACAAAGCGUUAUACUGUGUUCAGAUGGCACAAUCUCCUUUACUGUCCUGUCAUGUGACAAAGAGAACGGUUUGGUGCGCUGCCGCUGUGAGAACACUGCUGUUCUUGGUGAGAGAAAGAACGUCAAUCUCCCUGGGGUUAUUGUUGAUCUUCCAACAUUGACAGAUAAAGACAAGGAUGAUAUUUUAAAGUGGGGGGUCCCUAAUAAUAUUGACAUGAUUGCCUUGUCCUUUGUUCGCAAGGGUUCAGAUUUGGUGGAGGUCCGAAAGGUGCUUGGUGAUCAUGCAAAGAGAAUCCUCCUUAUGUCAAAGGUUGAAAACCAAGAAGGUGUAGCAAAUUUUGAUGAUAUUCUUGCCAAGUCUGAUGCAUUUAUGGUGGCAAGAGGUGACCUGGGUAUGGAAAUUCCAAUUGAGAAGAUAUUUUUAGCUCAGAAGGUAAUGAUUUACAAGUGCAACAUCCAAGGGAAGCCUGUUGUCACAGCCACACAAAUGUUGGAAUCUAUGAUCAAGUCUCCAAGGCCAACUCGUGCAGAAGCAACAGAUGUUGCGAAUGCUGUUCUUGAUGGGACAGACUGUGUAAUGCUUAGUGGUGAAACAGCUGCUGGAGCUUAUCCAGAACUUGCCGUGAGGACCAUGGCCAGAAUCUGCGUGGAAGCAGAAAGCACAAUUGAUUAUGGAGAUGUAUUCAAAAGGAUAAUGUUAAAUGCACCAGUUCCUAUGAGCCCACUAGAGAGUCUUGCAUCUUCUGCUGUCCGAACAGCAAACUCUGCAAAAGCAGCUCUUAUCCUUGUUCUAACCAGAGGAGGAAGUACUGCCAAACUGGUGGCCAAAUACAGGCCUGGAAUGCCAAUAUUGUCUGUCGUUGUCCCUGAGAUCAAGACCGACUCAUUUGACUGGUCUUGUAGUGAUGAGACUCCAGCAAGGCAUAGCCUUAUCUUCAGGGGAUUGGUUCCUGUUCUGUGCGCAGGAUCUGCAAGGGCAUCCGAUGAAGAGUCAACAGAGGAAGCACUUGAAUUUUCCCUAGAACAUGCCAAAGCAAAAGGGCUAUGCAAGGCAGGAGAUGCAGCUGUUGUUCUGCAUCGUAUUGGAACUGCUUGUGUGAUCAAGAUUGUGACGGUUAAGUAAAAAUCACGAACCUUGUUUGGUAGCAGAAAUCAAAAGGGUAUGGGUAUCAGAUACUGAAAUGCCGCUUAUCUAUUUUUGCUCAUCGGGUAGGUCAGUUAUGGCUUGCUUGCCUUGCUUCUCUUUUACUUUUAUUUUGCAACUCCCCCAGCACAAUUUUCCCAUCUUGCAAAGCUGGAGUGAUGAUCUUUUUAAUUGGAAUUGUUAUAAGAGGAGUUAUCUUUUAUUAACAAAGUUUUUAAGUUUAUUUUAA